AUGUCCACAGGAGGGCAGCAAACAUCCGGGAUCUAUGAAGCCGACAUGAGCGCUGACUGUACGGUGAGCCGUUCAUGUAAAAUAACUGAAUUAUGAUCAAUAGAAAUAAUCAAAUUAAAUGUAAAAACCUCAGAGGCUCACUUACAUGAUCGACACUUCGAGUUAAUAUGGAGCUAAAACAAUAAAACACGGAGAAAAAAGGAGACAAGUGUUGGUAUUAGAUAUUCUGGUCCACACUCCUAACCAGCAGGUGGCGGAAAUGCUCCAUUUCGUUGUUUACCAAGCGCCAAUUAAACUCAAGAAGAAGAAGAGGAGGUGCACGGUAAAUCCUUUUGUUGUUGUAAAUCAGUGUUUUUCGGUGUUUAUUAGUGACCAAAGACUGGAUCUGUGUCUUAUGUUUCAGUGAUUUAAAAUAACACUUUAACAGACAAACAAACGAACGACGUACGAACGUCCUCCUGUGUGAGAGAGAGAGAUAUUAUGUUGCUCUAAAUUGAACAGAUUUCUGUAAGAAAUCCGGGAACAUCCAGGGGGUGCUGUUGUGUCGUUCACGAACGAUUCGUUCAAAAGAACCAAAUCUUUAAGUGAACGUACUGAACUGAAUCACUUCCUCUCGGUAAACAUUGAACUUCACUCUCUGGAAUCAUUUUUGUCCGACAGAACUACCUUCUUUUUUUUUUACUGCUAAAUUUUCAACACGACAACUUUUGUACUUUUGUAAUGAUUCCACAUACUAAUGUAUGCUACAUCAAAUUUAUUAGACAGGAUCUAUUUUUGGAUUAAACACGUGUUUUAGUACAUAAAAGGAUAACUUAAGCAUGAUUAAUCAAGAUUAAAUCGACAUGAAAUAGGAUGAAUAUGUGCCAUAAUCCACACCAACACACUGGGAGUGAUUUAGUUUCCCUGCUUUGCGUCAGUUUCCAGCAGAGUUUCUUUGACUGUGUGAAUAUAUCGUCUUUGUACACGGGAAGGGAAUAAAGCAGCUUCAGUGAGGACGUCUCAGACCUGUCAAUCACAUAUUUAUGAUAUUAGAUAAUAUUAUAUCAAAUAAUAUCAAAUAUACAAAUAAAAUGACAGUAUAUCGGCACGUUUCUGGACAUAUCUAAGUACAAACAUAAAUGGAUAUUGUUUACAAUCUUUGUCAAGUUUCUGCUCUUUUUAACCAAACUUCUCAGGUUUUAUUUGACUGCAACAUCAAUGAGCUAAAUGUCAAUGCUGCUUCCACUGAACCCUGGAGUCCUCAGGAACCAGCAAAAGUUUUGUCCACAGGAGGGCGCCACAAUCAGCAAAAGCCAAAAGUUACCCACAGGAGCCUUAAAAGCUCAAACUGAGUAACAGGAGAUACAGGUGCAGCUCAAAAACUUUAAAUGUCCUGAAGAAGUUCUGUUUUUCUCCUUUAAUUCAAUUCAGGAAGGUGAAAUGAAAUCAGAAAAGUGUCUACAGCUGGUUAAAGUUGAUCAGGACAAGCAGCGAUGGUGCUUUAACAUGUUUUUGUCAAAAAUUUUGAAGUUUUUACAAACUAAAUUCGACUCAAACCGGAAGCUAAAUCUUAUUAACACAUCAUUCUCUACAGGGUCUCCAUUUAUUGAAGCACAACCACAUAUCAUUGAUUUCACCAAUGCUGAAAACCAUGAAUCAUUUUUCACUGUUUAUCUUCCCCCACAGUUUGUGUUAACACUGGUCCCAGGCCGCCUGAAUACGUCCAGGUCUUGCAUAAGAAGACUACAGUAAAAGAGCUGCUCAUGAUGAAACCCCAGGUGAGUCUCAGGUGGAACAAGUACCGACACAUGAGAGAGGUUCCUGAGUACAGCAGGACAUGUAGACACACCAACACUCUCAAACACUUGGCUCGCACUGCUCCCUCUGGGCACAUUCAGCAGCAUCUUCAGGCCAUCAUGAUAUCCCACCUUGAGUCUCUGCACAGAGCUCCUUUUGUAGUGCCGCCACAAGAGGGCAGUAUACGAACACUGGGGUGCAGAAAGUUUUAA